AUAAGAUUAUAAACUAAAAAAAUUAUAUAAAUACUUUAAAUUCAAUACUUUAAACUGCUGUUUAGUAAAAUUGUGUUCUAAAAUGGAGCGUUAUAUUGGAAAAGUUGCAGUCGUAACUGGUUCAAGUUCUGGAAUUGGUGCCGCAAUAUCUAAAGAGUUAGUAAAAAAGGGAAUGAAAGUAGCAGGACUUGCAAGACGAAUUGAAAGAUUAGAAGAGCUAAAAAAACAAUUAUCAAAAGAAUCCGGACAAUUCUUUGCAGUUAAAUGUGAUAUUCGAAGUGAGGAAGACAUUGUAAAUGCAUUUAAAUGGGUUGAAACAAAUUUGGGUGGAGUUGAUGUGUUAGUAAAUAAUGCUGGCGUGCAUCAAAUGACAAAUUUAACGGAAGGGGAUGCAGAAAAAUGGAGAACUGUAUUUGACACAAAUGUGUUAGGUUUAUGUAUUGCGACACGCGAAGCAGUUAAAUCUAUGAAAAAACGCCAAGUUACAGGACAUAUAAUUCAUAUUAAUAGUAUUGCUGGACAUCGAGUAAGUCCAGAAUUGGCACCUAUUCGUAAUGUUUAUUCAGCAUCUAAGUUUGCUGUUCGUGCAUUAGCUGAAACACUUCGUCUUGAAUUAGCGCAUAAUAAGUUAAAAAUUAAAGUUUCGAAUAUAAGUCCUGGAUAUGUGAAAACAGAAUUUCAGGUUGCUGGUGGGCAAACAGAAUUACCAGAAUAUCUUAAAAAUGGCCCAUACUUAAUUCCAGAAAAUUUAGCAGACGCUGUAGUAUAUGUUUUAAGCACUCCACCAAAUGUCGAUGUCUCCGAAAUUACAUUGCAUCCUUUUUAAGAAUAUUGCAUGUUGUUUUUAAAUUGUUAAAUGCAUCAAUUUCUCUUAUAAAUCUUUGUACUAAUAAUAAACGUAUUAAAAAAUUA